AUGACGAGCGGGACGCAGGGACGUUCCAAGGAGGGCAUCCCGACGUGGGAUGGAAAUGCAAAUACCUUUCAGGCAUACGAAGAGCAAGUGCUGGUUUGGGAACAAGGAAUCAAGCACGAGAACCGUUAUCUGUGUGGGCCCCGUUUGGCAGGAGAACUGUCAGGCGCGGCGCAGCGGAUGAUUGUUGGAAAACCUGCUACGUGGGUGUCGUUCAAUGGCGGCGUGGCAGUUUUCUUGCAGCACUUGAGACAAAGCCUCGGGAAACCACAGAUCCCCGAGGCCACCGAGUUCCUCAACAAGUACUUUCGGAACAGCAAGCGACGAGUAGGCGAGAACGUCAAUGACUACAUCACGAGGAAGACGGAAACGUAUUGGCGAGCUUGCCAAGCGCUGCGACGAGUUAUGCCGAAAGGCCAGGAGAGUGGGUCCUGGCAACCGCCAGUCUCCACCUACGGAUGGUCCAGUCGGCGAUCGAGCUGGACCUCCAACGCCGCCGAGGCCUCUACCGCAGAGCCCACCGAGGAGACAUGGGCCCCUCCAACGGCUUCCUGGAAUUCCUGGGGAUGGAAUUCCUAUGGCGGCUGGAGCAGCUACCCCAGCUACGGAUAUCAAUCCUGGACAUGGAACCGGGACCGAGCUUCGGAGGCGGAGGCUGCCGCUUCCACCAUCGAGAUCCUGCCGGAGUUCGUUCAAGCUUGGUACCUGCUGGCAGAUGCUGGAUUGACCACGUACGAGCGGAAUCUCAUCCACACGGCUGUGGCUGGCGAGUACACACUCGCCAGGGUGUCCCAUGAACUACGAACACAACAUGGAGAUGUGGAACACCGACGGCGAGAGCAGGGCGGCCAGGCCUUCAUGGGCGACGAGAUCUUCGACGAGGCCUACGAGGUGAACGAUGCCGAGACCGAGGAGCCCGCCAUCGACCUGGACAGCUUGAACGAAGAGGGCUCGGCGCUGUGGGCCGAGAACCAGGCAGAGAUAGAUUCUGCCUACGCGGUGAUGCGCGAGGCCAGGCGCACCUUGAAGAUGGCGCGCGAGAAGCAGCACCAGGUGAAGAUGGCCCGGAAGUACUUCCAGCCCAAGGACUCUGGACCCAAGGACGAUUCCAAUAUGACAUGUCUGCGAUGCGGGAAGCUCGGGAACCGAGCUCGCAACUGCCCAGCGGCAGCGUCGAGCUCCUCCACCAGCGGCGGCACCAAGCAGAUGGCUCCUUUCGUCUGCUACGCAGAGACGCAGGAAGAGGCGCUCACGGCGGGACCAACCACAAAGGAAGCUAUCCAGGAUGGCUAUUGUGUGGUAGACGGAGGAGCCACCCGAACCUUGGGCUCCGUGAAAGCCCUCGAGCAGCUGUUCAAGAAGAAUGUGGAGCGCUACGGGGAGGACAGAGUGCAGAGCGUUGACUUGAAGGACCGCCCCACCUUCGGCUUCGGGAACUCCACGGAAGGGCAGUGUCUUUCCUCCAUCCACCUCGGCGUGAACGCGGCAGGCCAGCGAGGCAAGAUCGUGGUGCACGCAUUGGAUGAAGGAGAAGGCCCCGUGUUGUUUUCCAUUGAUGCGCUUCGGAAAUUGAAAGCGCUCAUUGAUUUCGAGAAAGACUUGAUUGUUUUCAGGGCACUCGAUCCAUGUAAAGUCGUUCCCUUGAAGCGGUCGCAGACAGGCCACCAGCUCCUGGAUUUGACAGCGGAUCUUUUUGAGAAGGCGAGGGGGAGAACGAAGCCCGUCCCCUCUCUAGAUGAGACAGGGCCCUUCCUCCACGCCUACCAGAGAGCUAUGAUGAAGAUGAACCAAGCACAACUUCGCGAGGCCAUCCUUGCCAGGGGCGAGGAAGCACCGCGAGAGUGGAGCAAUGUGGAGCUACGCGACCGUCUCACAGAGUUGAUGGAGCUGGGAGGCGAGACAGUGGGCAAUGCGCGGAAGCCCGACUUGAGACAGUGGAUCAGCGACCUCAACAAAGCAAGCCGGAAAAAGGAGCAGUUGAAGAACUUUUGCGAGGAGCGCCUCAAGAUCACGCUCCAGGGCAACGAGACGAUACCUAUGUUGCAGAAGCGAGCGACCAAGGUGAUCUACGAGGUGUCCAUCGCGAACGCGCUGGACCCGGUCGGCUUCGGCAAGUUCUCGACGAUGACGUAUGGACAAGUUCGCCGCGAACAACCCCAGUACUCUCGCUGGGUGCAAGAGACCCUUCUCGAGGGAGGGAACUCCUGCGACUACCGGUUGAUCCGCCUGGGCACAUGGCUGAUGAACCAGCCGGACGAGGACACCGAGGAGGAGAAGGCGACCGGCUACCCGACGGCCAAGUCACCGGCACGAGCGGCUCCCAAAGCAUGGGCGCCACCGAAGGCCAAAGGUGCCAGCGGGGAUGCACCUGCUGCUUCCAGCAGUGCCGGCGACCACCAGAAGAACCAGGCGGACCAGAUGAAGAUCAUGAUGGAGACAAUGAUGGCGAUGAAGGAAGAGAUCCAGCAGUUGCGCGAGAACCAGAAUGUGGAAGAACCCCGACGCAAAAAGAAGGAGGACUCCGAGGCUGGGACAACGGAGAACAGCUACGCAGUGGUGAUGGACCCGUGA